GUCGUUUUGUACGCCCUCGGUCACGGCAUUUCCGUACGGAGGAGAUGGCUACAACUGUGCACAAAACCGCAUUUCCCUUCGACAAGGCCAGGCUGGAGGCCCUGCUCCUAAGAAGGUUCUUUUAUGCCCCCGCUUUUGAGAUCUACCGAGGUGUCGCUGGUCUGUACGACUAUGGUCCUCCGGGCUCUUCCCUGCAAGCCAACAUCAUUAAUGAAUGGAGGAAGCAUUUUAUAAUCGAGGAGGGAAUGCUGGAAAUUGACACUACAAUCCUAACCCCAGCUCCUGUCUUUGAGACAUCCGGUCACGUCGCUCGUUUUGCAGAUUGGAUGGUGAAGGACACAAAAACUGGCGAUGUACUGCGUGCGGACCAUCUCGUCAAGAACGUACUCGAGGCCAGACUCGCUGGUGACAAGGAGGCCAGAGGCAUUGCUGCUGAGCCCAAGGAGGAGGAUGCGCUGAAGAGACAGCCCAAGCGUAAAGAUAAGGCUGCAAAGGUUGCACCCGUGAGGGUGGCUGACGAAGUUGUUGCUGAAUACGAGCGCAUACUUGCUCAGAUCGACAACUACUCUGGCCCAGAACUUGGUCAGCUGUGCCGGGAUCACAAGAUUGUGAACCCAGAGACAGGCAAUGAAGUCACCGAGCCACAGCCCUUCAACCUCAUGUUCACGACCAGCAUCGGCCCCACCGGUCAACACCCAGGCUACCUCCGGCCAGAGACCGCCCAGGGCCACUUCGUGAACUUCCAACGCCUGCUCGAAUUCAAUAACGGACGUGUGCCUUUCGCGUCUGCUCAGAUCGGUCGCUCAUUCCGUAAUGAAAUUUCGCCUCGCGCAGGCCUACUUCGCGUCCGGGAGUUCACUAUGGCCGAAAUCGAGCACUUCGUUGACCCAGAGGACAAGCGUCAUGAGCGCUUCUCUGAGUUGCGCGACAUUGAGCUUAACUUGCUCGACCGACACACGCAAGCCGCCGGCUCCUCCGUCCCCAAGCGCAUGACAGUUGGUGAGGCCGUUGAGAAGGGCGUCAUCGCAAACGAGACGCUCGGCUACUUCGUUGCACGUAUCUAUCUGUUCCUCGCCAAGAUCGGAGUCAACCCCAAGCGACUACGUUUCCGUCAGCACAUGGCUAAUGAGAUGGCCCACUACGCCACGGACUGCUGGGACGCUGAGAUCGAGAACUCGACUGGUUGGACGGAAUGUGUGGGCUGCGCAGACCGUGCUGCGUACGAUCUCUCCGUGCACGCGAAGCGCACGGGUGCUCCUCUUGUUGUUCGCGAAGCCCUGAAGGAGCCUAUUGUGACCGAGAAGGAGGUUCCUGAAUUCAACAAGAAGCUCAUGGGCAAGACCUUCGGCAAGGACUUGCCUGUUGUCACCCAAGUGGUCUCGACCAUGUCCGAGGAGGAGCUGAUCAAGCUCAAGGGCCAGCUAGCGCAGGGCGAGGCCGUCAUCAUUUCCCCAGAUGGCAGAAAAUUCAAACUCACGCCCGAAAUCCUAACCAUUGAGAGGCAGACAUUGAAACAGUCUAUCCGCGAGUUUACACCAAACGUCAUCGAGCCUUCCUUCGGUCUCGGCCGCAUCCUCUAUACCCUCCUUGAACACAGCUUCUGGAGUCGAGAACAGGACGCCGACCGUGGUGUCCUCUCGCUGCCGGUCAUUGUCGCCCCCACCAAAGUCCUAAUCGUCCCCCUGAGCACGAAGAAGUUUGACGAGCUCGUUCAGGAAGUCUCCAGCAAACUCCGCAAAGCGGGCGUGUUCUCGCGCGUAGACGACUCGAACCAGUCCAUCGGCAGGCGCUACGCCCGCAAUGACGAGUUGGGCACGCCGUUCGGCCUGACUCUCGACUUUGCUUCGGUGCAGCAUCGCACGAUGACGCUUCGGGAGCGCGACACGACGGAGCAGCUCAUCGGGAACAUCGAAGAGGUGAUCGCGGUCGUCAUCGACCUCUGCAACGGCAUGAUCGAGUGGGCCGAGGCGUGCCAGCGGUUGCCGCGGUACACUGGCACGCAGAACGUCGAGUGAAGCAGGGGCCCGUCUGGCCCUCGUCGAGGGGCACCCCCGCUGACGUAGUUGUAUGAACCGUGACCACGGGAACGUCAUCCGCACGGGCGGCUGUCAAGAGGGUGCUGCUGCUGUUGUUGCGCGGGUCUGCUGGUUCUCUCACGGAACGGUCUCGUCUCUGUCAUCGGGCAUGUAUUAUUAUUACCAAAACCUGUUGAAAAAUGCCAUGGCGUCUGCGGACAUACAUAGCACGUCGUGCUCUGGCAGCAAUUGUCGUUGUAAAUGCAACGCAGCGGCGCUCGCGGUCUGCCGCCCCACGAGCGCAAUUUCCGUGUCAUUCUUCUCCCCGGGUUUUACGCCAUCCUGAUC